UUUGCUCCAGAUCCUGAGAGAGAGAGAGAGAGAGAGAGAGAGAGAGAGAGAGAGAGAUGCUCAUCAUGCUGGGUCACAGACGUAUCGGUUACAUGAUCUUGCUCCUAUAUGCUGUUUCUUUCUGGGCUGAAACUGCAAUGUGUGGCUCCAGCUUCCUCAGUCCAGCCCAGAAACCACAGGGUCGUGGAGACAGAAAGCCCCCUCGAGUGGGCCGGAGGACUGCAGCUGAACUCGAGCCUACUCUUCAUUCUGAGGAUAAAAUCAUGGUGAGCGCACCGUUCCAGCUGGCCGUGUCUCUCAGUGACACACAAUAUGAGGAUUACGGUCCUGUGCUGCAGAGGAUGUUACUGGAUGUCCUGGGUGGUGAUCCACCAACUUCAGCUGAGUUCUGAUACCCAUUACAACAACAACAACAACAACAACAACAACAACAGUCAUCUUGUCAGUGUGCAGAGUUUCAUUCUCUUUAUGACAAAUUAAUGCGUAUAAAAAUGUAUGUCCUGCUGUAUUUCACAUGCAUCAGAUAUGAGCAGGUUCUGUAAACCUUUAUUAUCCAC